CCGCGGCGUUCCAGUGGAGGGUUACGGGCGUUUUGCUUGGAUUUGUCGACCAUGUAGUUGCUGUUGGAGUCAGACAAAUAUCCCGGCUGUGAACAAGGUCAACGGCUCAGCAGAGAAGAGCUACAAAGGCUGUUGGAUCAUGGCGGGAGCUGCCGGCGAGACCCCCGGGACUCAGCUUCCCUUCGCGAGCUGCCCCCGGAGGGUGUCCGCCACCAUCCGUCUGCGGGACAUCUACGACCCCAAGCCCGAACCUGCCAGAGCUCCCGUCCGGAUCCGUCCUCCGCCUCCCAGACCUCCGCCUGCGAGGGGCGCCGAGUCGAAGCAGACGGUGUCCAGCGAGCCUCCGACCAAGCCGAUCGUCAGGAGACGAGCCAAGUCCCUCUCUCUGGCUGCAGGGCCCAAGAAGCCCCUCAAAAGCCCGCAGGUCCGCUUUGUGGACUCGCUGGGCCUGGACUUGGAGGAGGUGAAGGUGUUCGAGGUUCAGGAGCACCCGCUCAUCCCCCAGCACGUCAUGUUCAGGCUGCUGAUGAGCUCCGAGCUGUCGUUCGGGAGGCCGCCGGAGCUCUCCCUGCCCUACUUCAAGCCCUGCUUCCCCGAGAGCGCCGGGGAGCAGCCGGACUUCCUGAGCCGGCUGCACAGGCAGCGGGUGUGCCUGGACCGGGUCCGGUGCUCGGACCAGGGCAUCACGGGAACCAUACAGGUCCUCAACUUAGCUUAUGAGAAAAAGGUCAGAGUGCACUACUCCUUCACCAACUGGAGAACUCACACAGACGCAGCGGCAUGCUGGGUUUCCAGCGGGCGCUGUGGGGAUUUCGGCUCCACGGAAACAGACACCUUCAGAUUCCGCCUGCCGGUCCCGCCCUUCAUCUUACAGCCGGGCGCCGCUCUGGAAUUCGCCAUCUGCUACCACGUGAUAGGACGGGACUACUGGGACAACAACAAUGGGCAGAAUUAUAAGUUAUCAUGCCACAGUUAUAAGGUCACAGUGCCGAGGGAGUGUGAGAACAGCAUAGUGCAUUUCACCUGAGUGGCCACAUGAGGGAGCUGCGUGACCAGCAGGAACCAGCUGCACCUGGUGAAGACUGGCACUUCCUGCCACUGGGGCUUCACUGCAGGACAUCUCCAUGCAGGCAGGAGCAGGUGAUUGGUUUGCUUCUACUGGACACGAGCAGAACACGACCAG